AUGUAUAAUAGACAUAGGGCUGCUAGGGCGCAUUGAGAUAUGGACCGUGCGGAUAGCUCGAGCACGUCUCGUGGAAGAGGCAAGAAUAAAAGGAAUUGGUCUUCCGAUGAGGACGAUGAGCUUAUUAAAGCUUUGUAUGAGUUAUCUUUGGACCCGAGGUGGAAAGCUGAUGGUGCCUUCAAGGGUGGAUACCUGGGGAUAUUGGAAAAGCAUCUUGCUGAAAAGUGUCCAGGCCGUGGUAUCACUGCAUCCCCGCACAUUGAAUCAAGAGUGAGGCACUUCAGGAAGAAAUUUGGUGCCAUUGAAGUAAUGCUAUCCAAAAGUGGUUUCACAUGGGAUGGAAGUCGAAAGAUGAUUCAGUGCGAGAAGGCACAAUAUGAAGCUCAUUGUCAGAUUCACAAGGAGGCUAAGGGAUUGUAUGGUGUAUCAUUUCCAUACUUUGAACAAUUGGCUGCUAUCUAUGGCAAAGACAUUGCAACAGGAGAAAGUGCUGAAGGCUUUGGUGAGGCAGUGGGAAACUUGGAGAAGGAAAUUGCUAUGGAGGAAGAAGAAAAUGAGGAAGAGGACAUCAUCUCAACUGGAACAGCUCGACGGUCCAUUGACACUUGCUCUAUUGAUACAACUAGUUUGAAGAGGCAGAAAAAGGAGCCAAGGCCAAAGAGGGCGACAGGACCAAGCGAUCCAUUUGCAGCCAUGCUUCAAGAUGUCAAUAGCCAGCUGAACAACGUGACACAACAUGUGGGUGCAAUGACAACAUCAUUUACAGCAGCAAUGGCGCGAGAAGCAGCACAAGAAGACCCUCAACAGAAAUCAAGAGAAAAGGCAAUUAGUAAAUUGUCUAGGCUUGCAUUUACUGGGAGCGAGAUCGUUGAAGCUGCAACAAUAUUCGCUAAAGCUCCAGAGCACAUGAACAUGAUGCUUGUGCUUCCAGACAUUCUGAGGAGGGACUUCGUCCUGAAAAUGCUGUCCGAUGAAAGAAAGAAGCAAGGUUGAUGGGAAAGAAGGUCCUUCUCUAGUAAUGGUGUGACAUAACUGAUGAGAAAAUAAGCAAGGUUCAUUAGAAAAUGGGAUCAGUGGUGUGGCGUGGAAGAUGAAGAUCAAUGGAAAAGCAAAGCUUCUUUGCAAGAUUGUGAACUUGGCCUUUCUAUUUAUCCUAUAAUAUAAAAACAAUUUUAGGGACUAAUUAUGUAGUUUAUUUUGAAGUGUCGUUGAAUUCCGAGUUCGUAUCAUUUUCAUUUUA